AUGGCUGGCCCACUGUAUCCCGACGACAACGUCGAUCCCCAACCCAUUCAACAUUUGUCAUGCAAACCCCACGUCCAACCGUUUGUAGGGCGCAUUGGUGGCAACCAGGGCAUCGUCCUCGACCGCAGCGAUCCCGACAAUGCCGACUUUCUGCGGAGAGUGCCCGAUGCGGCCCCGUUGAUGAGCUUUCGGGAUGCCUUCAACCUGCACGGAUUCAGUGACCUCGAUCUGUGGCGCUUCGCCGUGGUCGAAUGUGUUGGAACGAUGAUGCUAGUCUUCAUCACUGCCUGGGCCGCAGCUACCUCGCUAAUCACGCCUCCAACCCCCUCGACCUCUGCUGGCGUCUUCGCCACGACCACCUUUCUGGGCCCUCUUGUCGGUGGCAUCACCAACUGGCUGAUCCUCACCCUUUUCAUCUUCUCCUUUUCCGCCGUCAGCGGCAGUCAUCUUAACCCAACCAUUACUCUUGCGACCUUCUUCGCUCGCCUGAUUUCCUUCCCGCGUAUGGUGCUCUACCUGGCCGGGCAGAUUCUCGGGGGUGCCCUAGCCGGGUGGAUGCUACGAUCGGCUUUUGGGUCGGGCAAGUAUUCCGUGGGAGGCUGCUCAAUUAACACUGCACUCGUCCCAGUGCGAGAGGCAUUCGUGUUAGAGUUCAUCUGCUCUCUGGCUCUAAUCUUUCUUUCCUUUGGAGUGGGACUGGACCCGCGCCAGGUGCGGGUGUACGGGGCCGCCUUGUCGCCCUGGCUGGUUGGGAUGGUUUUGGGGGUGGUCAGUUUAGGGUCGGCGUAUACGCGCGAGGGAUAUGGAGGGGCUUCGCUAAACCCGGCGAGAUGUUUUGGAGUGUAUGUCGGGUCUUCCUUUCCGGGAUAUCAUUGGAUUCACUGGGUUGCGCCCAUUGCGGCUGCCAUCGGGCAUGGACUGGUGUACUAUCUCGUGCCACCCUGGAAGGCUUGA